UACUUGGCCAGAGGAUCGAAUAGCUCUCCUCAGCUCUAAAACCCUACUUCCAGUCUCUGUUGCUCUCUCUCGCUCUCGCCAUGGAUUCUGCUUCAUCUUUCUUCUCCCUCCUGGCCCGCCUCGCGAGGACCGUCCGUUCCGAUCACCGGUUCCCAGCGGUCCGAUCCUACUACUCGGGCAGAUUCGCGGGCAUCAACCUCUACUCGAAGAUCAGUCCCAUCGGGAAUCCGAAUAUCAGCGUCGUACCGGAGCUGGACAGAUGGGUCGACACCGGCAAGAACGUACGGGUUCCGGAGCUCCAGCGCAUCAUCCGCGAUCUACGGAAGCGCCGUAGGCACGCGCAGGCGUUGGAGGUCUCCGAAUGGAUGGCUAACAAAGGCGUCUGUGUAUUAACUCCGGGUGACCAUGCUGUGCAGCUUGACUUGAUCGGUAAGGUGCGUGGGCUGGCCUCCGCGGAAUCCUAUUUCAAUAGUAUCAGCGAAGAAAACAAAACGGAGAAGCCUUACGGCGCCCUGUUGAACUGUUAUGUCAGAGAAUGCCUUGUCGACAAGUCCCUUGCCCAUAUGCAAAAGAUGAAAGACUUGGGUUUUACUAACCAGUCUCUUCCCUACAAUGACCUGAUGUGUCUCUACACGAACACGGGCCAGCAUGAGAAGGUCCUGGACGUUCUGGCUGAGAUGAAAGAAAACGGGGUCUUGCCCGACAACUUUAGCUACAGGAUCUGCAUCAAUUCAUAUGGUGCGAGGUCCGAUAUUGAGGGGAUGGAGAAGAUUCUUGAAGAAAUGGAGCAGCAACCUUUCAUUACCAUGGACUGGAACACAUAUGCUACUGUGGCCAACAUCUACAUAAAAGCAGGACUCACUGAGGAGGCAGUUGCUGCUCUAAAGAAAUCAGAGGAGAAGCUACUUGGGUUAUCAUACAGUGAGGGCUACAACCAUCUGAUGUCUCUCUAUGGGAAUCUCGGAGACAAGCCCGAGUUGCUUCGCAUCUGGGAGCUCAAGAAAUCAGUUUGUCAGAAGCUUCUUAACCGGGAUUACAGUACGAUACUAGGGUCUUUGGUGAAGCUUGGCGAGCUAGAAGAGGCCGAAUCGUUGCUGAAAGAGUGGGAGAUGUCUGGAAAUGGCUAUGAUUUCCGUGUCCCCAAUGUGCUCCUCAUCGGUUACUGUCAAAAGGGAUUGGUCGAGAAGGCGGACACCAUGAUCGAACGGUUGGUAAAGGAGGGGCGGACCCCGAUCCCGAAUAGUUUUGGGAUCAUCGCUGCAGCGUAUGUAAAGAAGGGUGAGAUGGGGAAGGCAGUGGAAUAUAUGAAGAGGGCGAUUUCGGUAUUUCCAGGGAAUGAAGGAUGGAGGCCAAACCAGAGGGUGGUUUCCAGUGUGUUGGGUUGGUUGGGUGACGAAGGUGAUGCUGAAGGGACAGAAGCUUUCGUGCGUUUGUUGAGUGCUGUGAUUCCAAUGAAUAGAGAGAUGUAUCAUGCAUUGAUCAAGGCAAAUGUCAGAGCAGGGAAGGAUGUCGAAGGGAUUUUGGAGAGCAUGCGAGCGGAAAAUAUAGAGACCGAUGAAGAGAUGGAGAAGAUUUUGAGCUUAAGAGGAGAAAAAUAAACAAUCAGGCAGUCAGAUGGCAAGCCGGUGGACGGAACUCCAAUGGGUAUCUUUGUCUUUGAUUAUUGGGACAUCUAAUGACCUGCUGAUUGUGCUGAUGGAAUUGGGAGCAUGCCAUUGAUCAUAUGUUUCUUUCUUUCUUUUGUAUGAUUGAGAGAGUUCUUGUACUUAUACAGGAUUUCUUAAGUUAAAUGCUGCUCUCAUCGAUGUAGUCUUUAGGCCGUGUUUGGAAAUCGGGAAGGGUAGUUAGUUGUGGAAAAUUUUCUCUGAAAUUUGGAUUUUUGCUAGUGAAAUUGUUAGAUGUGGUUGAAAAGCCAAAAACCCAGUCAUUGAUCAGAUGCUGCUUUCUUUCA